GCUCAUUGUAUUCCAAUGAAGUUCAUUAUUUUCACAUUGUUCGUUGCUCUGGCUGCUCUGAUGAGCGUCAGUAUGGUAGAAGCCGAUUGCCUUUCCGGCUUGUACAAGGGUCCUUGUGCCGCAUGGGAUGACGACAACUGUAAACUGGCCUGCCGAAAUGAAGGUCGCAGAUCUGGACAUUGUGCUGCGAGCUUGAAAUGCUGGUGUGAGGGCUGUUAAAACUGGAAAUCGUUUUGAAUAUUGUAAAUUUUCAAUUGAUUGCAGCAAGGCAACUGAAAAUGCCGAAAUAAAUAUGUUAUCAUGCUACAAAA